UAUCCUCUCACAGAGAAAAGGGUCUCGUCAACAUGUGAUCAGCUAUUAACAGGAUGGUUUUGGCAGGGCAAUCUUCACGUGACAAAGCGUGAGGAAGUGAAAGGAAUCGGCUGGAGCGAUAUCAAGUAUCAUUUAAUUAAAGUAUAGAUCUGAGCCCUUUCCUCCCACUGCUCCGGGUGUGUCACUGGGAGCGUUGGGAAAUGAGCGUUUCAGCACCUUGGACAGAGGCUAUGGGUUUGCUGGAGGUGGAAGUGCCCCAGGUAGUUUCCUCGACCCCGGAGUAAAGCUGCCCAACUGUCGCCCUUAAAAGGCGUCUUAUCUGAGACUAGAUUCACACAGAGAUCAGGGCUGGAGGAGAGAGUUAGAUUUGGGAGCUGGAGCCUUUCGAAACCGAGCCCCAGUUUUGGUCGCCCCUCUUAAGCUCGCUGAAGUUGAAUUCCUAGCGGUGUGGGCUGGAAUAGAUUCUUUGCAAGCUCCGGGUUGAUAUACUGUAUUAACUUUGGGAAAUGCAAGUGUUUAUCGGAAGGAUCUAGCCACUGAUUGUGGUGUUCCCGCGAAUAAGUUCCACCAGGUGAGAAGAGUGAUGACCAUCCUUUUCCUUACUAUGGUUAUUUCAUACUUUGGUUGCAUGAAGGCUGCCCCAAUGAAAGAAACCAGUGUCCGAGGACAAGGCAGCUUGGCCUACCCGGGUAUGCGGACCCACGGAACUCUGGAGAGUCUAAAUGGUCCCAAGGCAGGUUCAAGGGGACUGACAUCAUUGGCUGACACUUUUGAACAUGUGAUAGAGGAGCUUCUGGACGAGGACCAGAAUAUUCAGCCGAGGGAGGAGAAUAAGGAUGCCGACUUGUACACGUCUAGGGUCAUGCUCAGCAGCCAAGUGCCUUUGGAACCCCCACUGCUCUUUCUCCUUGAGGAAUACAAAAAUUACCUGGAUGCAGCAAACAUGUCCAUGAGGGUCCGUCGCCACUCCGACCCUGCCCGUCGGGGGGAGCUGAGCGUGUGUGACAGUAUUAGCGAGUGGGUCACGGCGGCGGAUAAAAAGACUGCAGUGGACAUGUCGGGUGGGACAGUCACAGUCCUUGAAAAGGUCCCAGUCCCGAAAGGCCAACUGAAGCAAUACUUCUACGAGACCAAGUGUAAUCCCAUGGGUUACACAAAAGAGGGCUGCAGAGGUAUAGACAAAAGGCAUUGGAAUUCCCAAUGUCGAACUACCCAGUCUUAUGUGCGGGCGCUCACCAUGGAUAAUAAAAAGCGAGUUGGCUGGAGGUUCAUCAGAAUAGACACUUCUUGUGUAUGUACACUGACCAUUAAAAGGGGAAGAUAGUGGAUUUAUGUUGUAUAGAUUAUAUUGAGACAAAAAAAAUUAUCUAUUUGUAUAUAUACAUAACAGGGUAAAUUAUUCAGUAAGAAAAAAAAUAAUUUUAUGGACUGCAUGUAUAAAUGAAGUUUAUACAGUACAGUGGUUCUACAAUCUAUUUAUUGAACAUCUCCAUGACCUGAAGGGAAACAAAGUCAUUUGCGCACAACUGAAAAAAAAAAUUAGUCUGCAUUACAUUCCUCGAUAACAUUGUGGUUUGUUGCCGUUGCCAAGAAUUGAAAACGUUUAAAAAAAAAGUUGAAAAAAAAAUAAAUAAAUUGCAUGCUGCUUUAAUUGUGAAUUGAUAAUAAACUGUCCUCUUUCAGAAAACACACACACGUGCACACACACACAUGCGAAUACACACACACAUACACACAUACAGCAAAUUUGAACCCAAACAUUCCGUUUCCAUUUUAGACAGUAAAGUAUCUUCAGUCCUGUUAGUAUUCUCUCUGUUUUAAUGCUUUUGACUUCUGAUAGCGUUGGAAUUAAAACAAUGUCAAGGUGCUGUUUGUCAUAGCUUU